GAAAUGAAAUGACGAAAAUAAGGGCAAUCAAAGGUAUUGUUGGUGGGAGGAUGCCAAAUGCCAAUUGCUAAGCGAAGAGCUCCCAUAAUUACCCCCUCAACCAAGAGAACCGCCUUGUUGGCUUCUUCGCAUAUAUAUACGAUUACAAUUUCAUACACGAACGAACACGAUGAUGUUGCCAAAGAGCAGCCAAUAGAUCAAAGAAAGACAGAGAAACGUGAAGAAAAAUGAGCGCGCUCAAGAAGCCCAAGCUAGAGGAAGGAGAAGAACAAGGCGGCGACGAGAACGGCAAAGCAGACGACACCACCAGCUUCACCGAGCAAGAAGAAGCUCUGGUGGCUCUGAUCGAACAUCGCACCAAGGAAGUCGAGCAUCUCCGCCAACGCAUCUCCUAUUACCAAUCCCAGCUUGAUCAAGCAGAGAGAAGAUUGGAGGAUUCAGAGUCUAAAUUAGCUCGCCUGAGAGGCCGCAGCACCAUCACAUCCUUCAAUAACUCUAAAGGAGAUGUUAGUAAAAAUGUUAAAGUUGAGUGCAGGUCAACUAGUCCCAUUCAGAUCACUGAAACUUCUUCUCAAAGCCAAUCUCUAUCUAGACCACAGCUGUUAAUUCCUGCUGCAAACCCCAAAAUUUCCCAGCCUAUGAGAAUGGUGGGAUCCGGUACCAAAGCUUCAAGUGGUUCUCAUGCUGAAGAUAGGAUAUCAGGUCUGAAUCACAUUGAUAGUGUUUCAAAACAGAAGGGGGAUAAAUCUCAUAAAAUUUCUUCUGAGCAGGAAGCUAGCGAAAUUCAAACCAAAGGGACAAAAAGGAAAUUUGAGCAGAAGGAACACAAAGAAUUGAUACCUUUGAUUCGUAGCCAUUCUUCUCCAAGCUUGAUUCGCUGCCAGACGGGUUGUGUUUUCCCCAGUCAACACAAGAGAAAGUUGAGAAGUCUUGUGUUGUGCCCGACAAAUGAGCAGCUAUUUGUGACCAGUGCUUUGGAUGGAGUUGUCAACUUGUGGCAAGUUCAAGGCAGAGGAUCAAGUGCCAGUCUAUUAAGUAGCACUGACAGUGUAUCACCAAAGCAGAGGAGAUGGCCAGAAGAUAUAGCAUGGCACCCAGAGGGCAGCAGCCUAUUCUGUGUGUACAGUGCUGAUGGUGGAGACUCCCAGAUAUCAGUGCUGAAUCUGAAUAAAACAAAAGGGGGAAUGCGUGUAUCUUUCUUGGAGGAGAAGCCUCAUGUUAAGGGCAUUAUCAACAACAUAGUUUUCAUGCCAUGGGACAAAGUCUGUUUUGUUACUGGUGGCAGUGAUCAUGCCGUAAUGCUAUGGGCAGGUAAAGAUGGAGAAAACUCAUGGAAGCCAAAAGCAUUGCACAGGAGUCUACAUUCAUCAGCUGUAAUGGGAGUUGCUGGUAUGCAGCAGAAGCAGAUUGUAUUGUCUGUAGGUGCAGACAAGAGAAUUAUUGGGUUUGAUUUACUGGCAGGGAGGGCAGACUAUAAACAUCAAAUAGAAAGCAAAUGCAUGAGUGUUCUACCUAAUCCGUGCGACUUCAAUCUAUUCAUGGUGCAGACUGGAACUCCAGGGAGACAGCUGCGCUUGUUUGAUAUAAGAUUGAGGCAGACAGAGAUCCAUGCUUUUGGUUGGAAGCAAGAAAGUAGCGAAUCGCAGUCUGCUCUGAUAAAUCAGGCAUGGUCCCCCGAUGGGUUCUAUAUCACAUCUGGUUCAGCUGACCCUGUUGUCCACAUCUUCGAUAUCAGGUAUAAUGCUCAUCAACCUUCCCAGUCAAUCAGAGCACAUCAAAAACGAGUCUUUAAGGCCGAAUGGCAUCACUCUCUCCCACUCCUGAUCUCCAUUUCUUCGGAUCUGAACAUUGCUUUGCACAAAAUUACAUGAAAGUUGUUCUGAUCUAAGCAGUAGCUCACCUCUUUGCUCAUUUUUUGGCCCCAUUGCUCCUCAUUUUUUGCCGCCAUUGUUGUACAAGGGCAGCAGCUGUUGUAGUGUGAAAAGUAUUUAACUUAUACUCUGAAAUCAUAUAACUCAUUUUGAAUCUUGA